UAACCCAUUUCGCUCACAAAAGUUAGGGUUCAAGUGCGAGAAGAGCUAGACAAAGUGAAGCGACGAAGAACAGCUAAAACCCAGAACACAGACUCGUCUUCUUCUUCAAACAACAUCAUCAUCAAUGGCUGACGAUGAUAAUGAUAUGGGUGAUAUGGGAUACGAGGAUGAGCCAGUUGAGGAUAUUAUGGAAGGAGAAGAAGAGGAGGUUGAGAAUAACAAUGAGGACGAGGCUGCUGAGCAAGUGGUGUUAGAAGGUGAAGAGAAAGAGGAAGCUGAACCAGUUAAAAAAGAUAGAAAGACGUCUAAGUUUAUGACUAAGUAUGAACGAGCAAGAAUUCUUGGUACCCGCGCUCUGCAGAUUAGCAUGAAUGCACCAGUGAUGGUUGAGCUGGAGGGAGAGACUGACCCCCUUGAGAUUGCCAUGAAGGAACUCCGGGCACGCAAGAUACCUUUCACCAUCCGUCGCUACUUGCCUGAUGGAAGUUAUGAAGAUUGGGGAGUUGAUGAGCUGAUCGUCGAAGACUCUUGGAAGAGACAAGUUGGUGGUGAAUGAUCAUUCGAUCAGUCUGUGGCUCUCCCUGUCACACUGGCAGCAAUAUGUUUGGUUCUCUUGGUCUGUUUGUCUCUAGAAGACUUUGUCCUUUAAACUUGUGGUUCUUUUGCUACCACAUCCUAUGUUUCUGCUGGUAGGAUCAGUUGCUAAUGAACUUCAUGUGUCUGUAUAAAGCUAUAAACUCAGUACUGUGGCAUGGUAAUCUACUGUCGGGUGACACUGUUGGUUUGUAACUCUAGGAAAUCCUGUCAACAUACACAGACUACCCUUGCUGUUUGUUUCUUAUUACCCUAACUGUUGCUUGUUUGUUUGC